GCUGCCUGGGAAAAAAAAAAGCCCUCCAGAGCAAGGCCUUCAGCCACCUUCCCUGCUAAAACCAACUCAACUGAGGAUCAUCACCAUGUUGCUCCUGCCCUUCUGACACCAUGCAGGAAGGGAAUCUUUGUCUGCACUGGGCAGCCUACAUUGGCUCAGCUACCAUUGCCAGGAUGCUGCUAGGAGCUGGCUCAGACCUGAAUGCGACAAACCAUCUGGGCAACUCACCUCUGCACCUGGCAGCCCAGGAGAGAUGCUAUGAAUGCCUCAGCCUUUUCCUGGCCUGUGGUGCAGUCUCUCUGAAAAACAAAGCAGGACAGCUGCCCCAGCAAUGUGCCCAACCCAGCUCCCCCUCCUGCAGAGCUCUGCAGGCCUUCUCUGCCCAGUUCCCAAGCCAGGUAGAGCAGAUCCUUAGCAGGGACAUCUCCCGCGGCUUCGAGCAGGUCCCCAUUCCCUGCCUCAGUAUGGUAGACAAGGAAUCCUAUCCCAGGGACUUCCUCUACAUCACAGGGAACAUUGUCUCAGGCUCAGCGCUUCUCCCCACAAAAGCCUGGGACCAAAGUCAGGUAGAUGAGACCCCUUACAGUACUACAGACAGGAAGGCAGCCACCCCAGCACCUGAUAGCCCACUGCUGGUGCAAGGUGUCCAUGAGUUUUAUGUCCUGGGGAUUUAA